UGGACACCGUAUCCUCGGCAACAGGCAUCAAUUUCGUAAACACAGGUACGCAUUGUCGUGUGCCGAGGGUUACAUGAAAAAAAGCCGUCCGCCCGAUGUAUGAAGAUGUGAAUGCACCGCGACGGCUCGCACUUCCUUCCGCGCUCGCCCGAAAAAUUCACCCUCGUGCAAGGAUCUCGGACUCCCCUUCUCGAGACCACGUCAUCGGCGACCACCAAGUUCCAUCGUCGCCGUCGUUGCGACGAUGUCGGAGAAAAAGGCUGCAGAGAAAGUCUCCGAGAUUGACGCUCACAUUAGCAAACAGUACGACAUCGUGAAACGCCUCGGCAAAGGGGCUUACGGUAUAGUAUGGAAGGCGAUCGAGAAGAAGAGGAAGGAUACUGUCGCGGUGAAGAAGAUCUUCGACGCCUUCAGAAACCAGACGGAUGCACAACGUACGUUUCGCGAGAUUAUGUUCUUACUUUCGUUCGCCAAUCACGAGAAUAUCAUCAAACUGAUCGGGCUCCAUAAGGCGAACAAUGAUCGGGACAUUUAUCUCGUUUUCGAGUACAUGGAAACCGAUCUUCACAACGUCAUUAAGCGGGACAAUAUUCUUAAGGACAUCCACAAGGUCUUCAUCAUGUACCAACUCUUUAAGGCGAUCAAAUACAUACACUCGGGCAACGUUAUUCAUAGGGACUUGAAGCCAUCCAACGUGCUUCUGAAUGCACAAUGCCAUUGUAAGAUCGCAGAUUUCGGUCUGGCACGGUCGAUGACACAGAUCGGUGAAGGUGAUGGUGAGACUGGAAGCGAUCCUACUUUAACAGACUACGUCGCCACUCGAUGGUAUCGCGCUCCGGAAAUUCUCAUAGCUUCAAAAAGAUACACAAGAGGGAUAGAUAUGUGGUCUUUAGGCUGUAUUCUCGGCGAGAUGUUACUGGGGAAGCCUCUUUUUCCCGGUUCAUCGACGAUAAACCAAGUCGAGAGAAUAAUGGCGACCCUGCCCCCACCGACAGACGAAGAUCUAAUAUCGGUCAGCGCUGGUUACGGAAUCAAUUUGUUGGAGAAAACACCCAAUAGGCCUAGAAGAACUCUAAAAGAUUUGCUGCCGGAAGUAUCAGAGAAAGCUUUGGAUCUUAUUAGCAAUUUGAUAGUCUUUAAUCCUACACAACGACUCACCGCCAUCGAAGCGCUAGAACAUCCCUAUGUUGCCGAUUUUCACCGAAGAGGAAACGAACCGGAGAGGGGUUCUAGUGUUGUGCCGUUGCUGAGCGAUGAUGUGCAGCUUUCCGUCGACGAAUACAGAAAUAAGCUUUACGCGAUGAUGGAUGAAAAACAUAGGAAACAUAAGAAUAUGUCAAAGUCCAGAUUGCGGCGAUUAUCUGAAAGUAUCUGGAAGGAAUCCAGUAAGAGUAAUCCAAUAAUCGGCCAAGGUGACGCGAUUGUCGCAUGCCCGUCAUUGCCAAAUAGGAAGACAAUCAGGCCGUCUCAAAGUGACAAUAUUGCACGUGUUACGAAAACACGAACGAUAAAUGUCAUGGCGCCAGUUCAAGAAACUUUAACACAUUCUCGACACAACGUUAAGAACGUGGCAACACAAUACGCUUGUAACUUGACGAACGGCAACUUGGGAAACAUACCUCCAGCGGCGACCAAAAGCUGUUUCUAUCUUAAUCAACAACACUCGCAGUUGUCGAAGUCCCAGCGUUCUAUACAGUCUGAUCAGAUGGCAAUGCGCGGUGCCAGAAGCAGAUUGAAUCAAUUAGCGGUAUCGGCACCUCGCGCCAAGCUACGACGAGCCUGCAGAGAGCAGAUUCUCGUUCAAGCACCCAAGUCUCUUACCUCGGCGAAAGCUCAUUAUCGCACCGACGAUCAUCGACCCAGAACGAUGCCGGCGAAGCCAAUGACGGACAGUCCAAAAAGUAUCAGGCAACCGCUGAUGUCGAGCAACGUUACGAGACACUUCGCGAGGACCGGUGGAAUCAGCAGCCCGGAAUCGCCGUACGUCGUUAGUCAUCAUCAGGCCAUCCGCAAUUACUUAAAUCAAACGAUGCCACCACCGGCGCAGCAGCAGUCUCGUGAGCGAAAUCGUGUGUCCUGCCAAAAUAAGAGCAAUCUCGUCGACAGAUCGUGCACCAGUGCUGAUACCGAGAUUAACAAUCGCAUUAGAAGUACGGCGCGUAAUCAAGCAAACCGGUUACAGUCGAGACAUAGUUUCGACAGCGGCGUUAUCCAGAGAAGAUCGUCGACAAUGUGCGACAGAUCGGGAUUCCUGGACAGUCACAGUCAGAGCCACGGUGUGAUUGCGGCUUCAAUUUACAAGGAUCUCUGUAACGGGACUAUAAACUGGUAAGCGUGUGGUGAGCGGGUUUCUCUCGUGGAGGAGCGAAAAUUAGACGAGAUAAUUGUGCGACGAUCGAUCUGCUUCUUCUUUCGAUGAGAUCCUGCAGGAUCUGGAAGUGAAACGCGUGAAAGUUCCGAUCGCGUACAGUAGAAUCCUUUCAGUGAGGAUUUCGAUAGCAUCAAUAUAAUUAAACGUUCUAGGAACUUUCGUGGAGAGUUUGUAAUCGUAUCCAGUGAAUUAAAUUUGCAGUUGAAGUCCAUUUCGAUGUACACCGGAAGAGAAUUAAAAUACGAAAUCACGAAUGUUUUAUGUAUGUGUGUGUUUCCUAUAUAUUUAUCUCUUUUU